AAGUGUCAAGUCAAUAGUCAAUUGUCAAUGUCAGUUCGUUUCUGAUUUUGAUUUUAGAUUUUAGUUGCGGUGUGGUUAUUUCGAAUAAAUUAUUAAUUAAAGGUUUACCAUAUUGUAGCCUGAUUUUACAGUUUUAUAUUUCAAAUGACCAUGACGGAUAAUCAGUCUGCAAGCGAACCGUUGCAUUUUGUUGCCCCUGUUAUUCAGGACAAUCCAACUGGAUGGGGGCCAUGUGAACUGCCGGAUCAGUUUAAAGACAUGCCAUAUCAACCUUUCAGUAAAGGAGACCGAUUAGGGAAAAUUAGUGACUGGACGGGAGCAGCUUUUCAAGAUAAAAAAUAUGCAAACAAAUAUGCUUCCCAGUUCGGUUCUGGUAGCCAGUAUGCUUACUAUCAUGAUGAGGAUGAAAGUACAUUUCACCUUGUUGAUACAACUCGUGUACAAAAGCCUCCAUACCAACGUGGACGAUUCCGUGCCAACCAAAGGAAUCUUAGAGGACGCGGGGGUCGUAGUAAUGUUCAAGGUGGCGGUAUGCAAUCGUUAGGUAAAGGGCUUAAAACAAGGGAUACUUACAAGAAGAGCCAAGUUAGGAAAUGGCAAGGAAGACCUCAAAUUAAAAUACGAGAUGCAUCUGUUACUGUUAAACCAGACUGGACUACUAUUGAGGAAAUGGAUUUUCCACGUCUUGGGAAGUUAUCUUUACCAAGCAUCAAAGAAGGAGAGGAUAUUGUAUGUUGUGGAGAAUUGGAAUACUAUGAUAAAUCUUAUGACAGAGUUAAUGUUAAAAAUGAAAAACCAUUGCAAAGUGUUAAUCGUAUUUUCCAUACUGUUACAACAACUGAUGAUCCUAUCAUUCGUAAACUCUCUAAAACUGAGGGUAAUGUCUAUGCUACUGAUGCUAUUUUGGCAACUAUUAUGUGCUGCACUAGAUCAAACUAUUCAUGGGACAUUGUCAUUGAAAAAAUUGGGGAUAAAUUAUUCUUUGAUAAGAGAGACAACACUGAGUUUGAUCUGUUGACUGUAAAUGAAACAUCAGUAGAACCACCACAAGAUGAUGGAAAUUCUCUGAAUUCGCCAAGGAAUUUAGCUUUAGAAGCUACCUUCAUUAAUCAUAACUUCAGCCAGCAGGUCUUAAAAACUGGAGCUAAUGAACCACGCUAUAAAUUCGAUGAGCCUAAUCCUUUUAUUUCUGAAGAGGAAGAAGGCGAAGUAGCAAGUGUUGCUUAUAGAUAUCGCAAAUGGGACUUGGGUGGGGGAAUUGUAUUAGUGGCUCGUUGCGAACAUGAUGCAGUAGUUCAGUCUCCAAGUGGAGAAUUACAGUUCCUUACUAUUAAAGCAUUGAACGAAUGGGAUUCCAAAAUAGCUAAUGGUGUAGAAUGGCGCCAAAAGCUUGACAUUCAAAGAGGUGCAGUUUUAGCUAACGAGCUUAGAAAUAAUGCUUGCAAAUUGGCCAAAUGGACAGUACAAGCGUUACUAGCCGGUAGUGAUCAAAUUAAAUUUGGUUAUGUGAGUCGUUCCCAUGUUAGAGACAGCAACAAGCAUGUUAUACUUGGCACACAGCAAUAUAAACCAGCUGAAUUUGCAACUCAAAUUAAUUUGAAUAUGGAUAAUGCCUGGGGUGUUUUAAGAUGCAUUAUUGAUAUAGUAAUGAAGCAAAAAGAUGGAAAAUACCUAAUUAUGAAAGAUCCAAACAAGUCCAUGAUUCGUCUGUAUGAUAUUCCAGAUAACACCUUUGAAUCUGAUGGAGAAUCGGGAAGUGAUGAUGACACUCCACAAGAUUCUGCAGCAUUUCAGAGUCUAUAUCCUUACAAUAGUAAUACUAAGCGUUAAAAGAAUGUUUGUAUUUUUUAAGGAUUUUAAAAACAUAAAUUACUGAAAUACAAUCACAAUUUUCAUUCA